AUUUAUAAAAAUUCAUUAUAAAUUUAUAACUUAAAAUUAAAAAUUAAAAAAAUUAAUUAUGAAUUUUAUAUUAGCUAUCACUACUAUAGUAUGUCUACUACUAUCAUCAGUUAUAUCAAUACCCCAUUGUCCGGUCAACAAUCUAUGGGAAGCGCCGCCAGAUUAUGCCGGACUCGCAACCAAAUUUCAAUCCAAAUCCAAUGACCAAUUGAUUCAUUUGAUUAAUCAGGAUAUUGAUAGUCGAUGUCAACUAACCGAUCGAUUGGGUCGACAAUUCAAACGUCAGAGUGUGGAAAUACUGGCACAACGUUACGCAACAAAUUGCGUAACCAAUCGAUUGUUUAACGAUUUGUUAGUGGCUGGUAUUGUAACCAUGGUAACGGAUGAUCAAGUUAAACAUCAAUUACUACUGACAUUGGCCCAAUGGAACUACUAUUGGACAAUAUAUUUUACCAGGACUUUAGAAAGACAUAAACAAUGUACAAUGAAACAAUUGGGCUAUGGAGGGGAUGUACUGGAAUUGCAAAAACAAUUUGAUGAUAAACGAAAUCAAACGGCGGUAACACUGGAAAAAUUGUUGAAAUCAAUUUCAAAUGAUUUACCCCUUUUGAAGCCAAUCAUUGAUAAGGUUCUGGAUCUGUAUAAUGGUUAUUAUGCAUUCAUUGACAAAAUGUUGGCCAAUUUGACGCCCGAAGCGACUAAAGUGAAAACAUUGCAAUAUCUGCUUUACGAAACUGAUUUAUUCAGUAGGGGUUUUGAUAAUUUAAAAUUUUAAAAAAUCAAAAUCUAAAAGCCAUUGCUUGCUAACUGAUUAAUCGAGUUAAUUCAGCUAAUAGUAUACUAAUAAUUUUUCAAGUACUAUUUCAAAAAGUAUUAUUUCAUUAGUUUUAUAUUUAUCAAAUAUUAUUUUUUUUA